UGAGAUGGCGUGGUCCCACGACGGUGAGCAGCUGACGCUGCCCUGGCGCGGCAUCUACGUCGGCAUCGAGCCCACCUACUGUCCAACCGCCGACGACCUGCGUCAACAUGACGCUUUUGUGCAUUUCCGAGUGCAAGCGGCCAACGCGGUCGGCUUUAGCGAUCUCGUGAGCAGUGCGCCACUCGAGGUGCAGUCGCGCGUGUCGGGGCAGCCGCUGCCCACGUCGCCGACCAAGCCGACGCGCCUCUCGCCUCUCGCGCGCCCUCAUGCGACAGCAGUCGCGUCGCUGCCAACGCUCUCGAUCGACGGCCUUGUCUCCCCCUGCAAGCAGUAUCUGGCCUCUCGCCACUUGAACCUGCCGCCCGCCGUCUUGCAGGCCGAGCGCGCGCGCUGGUUGGAGCGCGCAACGCGAGUGCCACCGACGCCAUCCGACCCUGCAAUAUCAAUCUAUCAACCCCAUCCAAAGCACAGGCGGCGGCGACAAAAGUCGAGCAUCUAA